AUGCUCCUUACAUUGGUGAUCAGUGAGAAGAAUGUUCCUUACAUUGGAGAUCAGUAGGAAGAAUGUCCCUUACAAUGGUGAUCAGCGGGAAGAAUGCUCCUUACAUUGGUGAUCCGUAGGAAGAAUGCUCCUUACAUUGGUGAUCAGUGGAAAGAAUGCUCUUUACGUUGGUGAUCAGUGGGAAGAAUGUCCCUUACAUUGGUGGUCAGUGAGAAGAAUGUCCCUUACAUUGGUGGUCAGUGGGAAGAAUGUCCCUUACAUUGGUGAUCAGUGGGAAGAAUGUUCCAUACAUUGGUGAUCAGUGGGAAGAAUGUCCCUUACAUUGGUGGUCAGUGGGAAGAAUGUCCCUUACAUUGGUGGUCAUUGGGAAGAAUGCUCCUUACAUUGGUGGUCAGUGGGAAGAAUACCUUUUACAUGGGUGGUCAGUGGGAAGAAUGCUCCUUACAUUGGUGGUCAGUGGAAAGAAUGCUCCUUACAUUGGUGGCCAGUUGGAAGAAUGCCCCUUACAUUGGAAAUCAGUGGGAAGAAUGCCCUUUACAUGGGUCGUCAGUGGGAAAAAUGCUCCUUACAUUGGAGGCCAGUGGGAAGAAAGGCACUUACAUUGGUGGUCAAUGAGAAGAAAGCAGCCCUUACAGUUGUCUUCAAUAUGCUAUCCUUACAGACAGUUAAAAGGAUCAUUGGUGUUUUGCUGCUGACACUGCCAGAUGGCAUUGGCCGCAAAA